UUUAAUCUUUGUUGUCUACGACUUUAAUUGUUUUUAUUUACUUCGAGUCUAGUAAAAAUCCUCAAAAAAUGGCCGAGGAAAUCGACGACAGUGAAUUUUACCGCGAAAACUUUAGUGCCGACUCCGAUUGGGAGGUGUUCAACGCCCAGUUGGGCGAGAUCCUGCAGAAAUGGGACGUAUCCGCGGAAUCUGACGUGGGCAGGAGCCUCAAAUCGGGGGAAAUCUUCACCUGCCAGUGGAAAGUCGAGAAGGAAACACUGGACAUGCUGAGGAAUGGCAUUGAAGUGGAGUAUCAUCAGGCUAUCCUGGGAGAUGAGCAGCCCUCGAAAGAGGAUCUCAAGGAGAAUUCCUGCCUGCAACGCACCAAUUGCCACCACGACCUCAUAUCAAGUAUAAACAGUUUUGGUCCACCGAUAAGGAGUUCCCAGGAUCUGCACAUUCUGGCCAGGAUCUACGGACUAAGACGCUUCAUUGUGUUGCGGCCCGUGAACUCCAAUCUCAACUACAUGAAGUCCACAUCGGAGUUCAAUUUCUUUCUGAGCGCCGUGGCCGUUGUAUCCGCAGAAGUUCAGAGCGUGGUUCCCAUCUUUGUGCAGAUCUACGAUCCCAAAUGGAACUUCUACACGGGCGUGGCUUUAGCUCCUGCUUUGAGGACCAACUUCAGGCUCAUAGGACUGGAGAAAGCCCCGCCCGAGAGUCGAUUCCUGAUGGGUCUGCUCACGCUCUUCAGGGAGAAGCUGCCCACUUCGUAUUCCCAGGCGGCCAUGAUCUCUGUUUGCACCACUUAUGCUUUGGACACCAUGCGCAUCCGCAUGCCCAUGUAUGUGCCCUUUGAUCAUGGUCUCAGCUCUGAGGAUAUUGCGGUUGAGGGCGAGGUCUCCCAUCUUGAAGUUCAACAGUUUUAUUCCCUGCCACAUGGCUACACACCCGAAUCUUGCACGGAAAUCUAUUUGGUUUACACCUGGCCGGAGUUGUCGGAACACGUGGCCUUCGACAGCGAACAGAGAACGGAUUUUGUGCCCUCGAAAGCUCCGCUAGGCAAGGUUUAUCUCUCAGUUGAGGCCUCUUCGUAUCUCUCCAUCUGCCUGAGGGAUUACCAAUCAGUUGCCGGAGUAACUAGAUCUUUGGAGUCCUUUGUGGGCAGGAACUUCUCGGGCAUUAGUAGCGGAGCUGAGGCGGGUUCUAAUCCCUUGGAUCGCAUCACUGAACAUAAACUUACUCCCAGAAGAGAUCGGAAUUACGAGCUGCCCUCACAGGCAGGUUUAACCAAAAAGUUACCUGGUCCGAUGACCGAAAGCGAAUUAAGCGAACUUUUGGCGUAUUUAUUUCCUGAUAUGCAUCCCGAUAUGGCGCUCUUUCCCUACUCCAAAAAGAGCUUUAAGGAUAAGUUCGAUCCCAUGCGCAUCAAGAGUGCUGUUCCCGACUCUCUAGUUUGCCGUCUCAGCUGCCUUCUGGCCACCUGCCACGCCCACUUGGGCAGUGUAGAGGGCAUGGCUCAAGUGUGGGCGGCCUUCACCCGCCAACUGCGAUUGCUGUGGGAUAAUUCCUUAACAGUUCCCGGAAUUUCCGCUGGCUUUCCCGACACGCGCACCUGCCUCCUCCACCAAAAGCUGCAGAUGCUCAACGUUUGUGUGGAACGUCGCGUGCAACGGGAGUCGAAUAGCAAGCGAAAAUCCGAGGGGGUGGUGGGAAAGGGCAGUUCCGAGGAGGAGGAGGUCGAGGAGGAGGAGGACGACGACGAGGGGGAGUUCUUUGACUGCGAUGAUCCGACUGCCGGUUCUGGUUCUCCCACAAAGGCAGUGCUAAGCCUAAAACCCGAGGGUCGACUCAGACGUUUGAAUGACGACCGAUUGCUGGAGGAACCCGAUGAGUAUCUCUACAUACCAGAGACCCAGGAUCCGGUUCCAAAGACCGAGGAUCAGCUGCAGGAUGAUGCGGAAGUCAUGCUGAAAUUGGGACCUGGUUCGGGCUUAACCACGCAAAUGAUGUGCACUUCUUUGCUCUCCGACAUGGAGGCCUUUAAAGCUGCCAAUCCCAGAGGAAUAAUGGAGGACUUUAUACGCUGGUACAGUCCCAAGGAUUGGGAACAGGUCACUGAUGAAUUGGGUGAGGUUAAACAUCAGUUAAGCAUUCGCAUGACCACCGAGGGUAAUACCUGGCAGAAAGUUUGGGAACAGGCUCAAGCGGUUCCUAUAAGCCGACAAAAAAGACUUUUUGAUGACACCAACGAAGCUUUGAAAGUGCUUCACUAUAUGGAAACUAGAAAAAUGCACGAAAUAUACGAGCUAACAAUAAUACCCUUGCUGCAUUCAGCUAUACUAAAACUUAUAGACAUUCUAAGCAACGCCAAAGUGGAGGAUUUAUUUAGCUCACAGAUCGAGCAACUUCUCACCGAUCUCUGCCGACUUUCCCGCUCUCAUUCCGACCAACUUCCGCCUAUAAAACCUUUCUUAGAUGACCUGGCCGAGUUGGAACGUCGCUUUUACCAAUUCAAGUGCUUCGAAAGACUAUCGGGUUAUCCCAAAAGAAGCUCUUUGCAGCAAGUUAAACUUCAGUUUGAGGAGAUCCUGCGCAACGAGAACUGUUGCACGAUUGUCAAUCGAAGAUUGACGGCAGCUGGAGACGGCACCUUGUACGAUAUACUCAUACCAAAAUUGGAGGAGGACAUGGCUGAUCGGCUGAUCAGCAAGGAUUAUAUCAUCAGAUUGGAUGGGGAUACAAAGAGCACAGAGAAGGGGUUGUAUUUGGGCCCACAAUUCAUGAGGGCCAUUGUCACGGGCGAGAAACUGAGACUCUGUGGAGCUUUUACGGAGAGCACGGCUUUUGUCUAAAGAUACCAUACAAACUUACUUCAAGAUUUUGUACUUCAUAUAAAUCAUUCAGUUCAUAAACCUAUAUAAAUAACUUAAAUUAGUAGAGCAAAACAGGACUUUCAACAGAAAAAACUUCAUAGAAGUAAUUUAAAAACAAACCUACUUAACUGAAAAAAAAAAACUGAAAAGGAAUUGCAUUUGCUUCCCAAUGUUUCCAUACAGCACAAAAAAAUUUAAAUAUUACAAAAUAACUAUAAGUAAUCGGUGUUAUUGGUGCUACAUAAACGAAUUAAAACAACACUUUAAUCAACCAAA